GACGUCCUCCCAUUCUAACUGCGCAUGUGUGGGCUCCCGGAGCGCGCAGCGCGGCGAUCGUCGAUGUCGGCUCGGUCAUGUGAACAGCUGUGUCCAAUCACAGCUGAUCACAUGUAAACAGGGAAAUGCCGGUUAUCGGCAUUUCUCUCCCCACGAGCUGUCAGGAGAGCCGGUAAUCGGCAUUCCUCAGAGGGGACAUGUACACUGAUCAUCAGAGCACUCAUGAUCAGUGUGCCCUGAUGAUGUGUAGCCCCAGCAGUGCCACCUGUCAGUGUCCAUCAGUGCCAGCUCUCAGUGCUCACCAUACCACCUGCCAGUGCCCACCAGUGCCACAUCAGUGCCACAUUUCAGUGCCCAUCAGUGCCACAUCAAUGCCACAUAUCAGUGCCCAUCUGAGCUGCCUUUCAGUGUCACUCAUCAGUGCCAGUCAGUGCCACCUAUCAAUGCCAGUCAGUGCCGCCGCCUAUCAGUGCCGCCUAUCAGUGCCGCCUAUCAGUGCCGCCUAACACUGCCAGUCAGUGCCACCUAACAGUGCCGCCUAUCAGUGCCAUAUAUGAGUGCUGCCUUUUAGUGCCCAUCAGUGAUGCCUGUCAAUGCCCAUCAGUG